UCCCUGAGCGCACUGACAUAAACAAGUCUAUGGCAAGACACUGAAGUAUGGCUCAGCUGUUCUGGGUCUUAACAGACUGAUUUCCUCAGAGGGGUAUGAUCCCAUCUCUGCCUGGACAUCUCUACAGUGGGAUUAAUUGGAACAGCAAUCAAUAUUUGUCUUUCAGUGUGUGUUUGUUUAAUUUUGUUGCACUUUAUUAGUGGUGGGUUUUUUUCCACCUCUGGAGAACAUAGAUCUAGGCCACCACACUGAACACACCGUGCGUGUGUGUGUAGUUGUGGUUUUAUUUUGGGAGUUUACCACAGUUGUCUGAUUUUCUACUUUGGGAAUUAUCAUACUGUGGCCAUGUAACAAAUUUCCGUCCUUUUAUCAUAUGUGUGUUAAAUUCACAAGCUGGUUGAAUGAAAUCAUAUGUCGCUGUCGAUGACUCACAUAAUCGUGGCAGGUCACUCACUCCGUCAGGAAGACGACACAAAAACCAAUUUUUCCAAGUUUUCCAACUGACCUAUUUGUGUAUCGUUGCUUGCUGAGCACAGCAGCUCAAAGAAAAAUCUAAUGAAAAUUUGGACGGAAAUGAAGAAAAUGAGAUUACCACACUGUCAUUGAUUGGUGAAGCUAGCUGUCAUUGCCAGAAUUACGUUCCUCAGAUCCCAAAUUUCUUUGCUCUCGCACUCUCUGUCAGUAAUUAUUCAGAAUGGAAAUGAAAAUAUUUGAAAACUAUGCACGAGGUGCGAUGAAGCAAUAGUUGUGUGAUGGCCAUGGAAUUGAUUUCAUGUCUGUGUCUCCAUACUCAGGAUCUAACAAACUAAGAACAGGGAAAAAAUAAAUUAGUCAAUGAAACUAUUAAAUUUUUAUAAACUGGAAAUAAUGAGAAAUAUAAUCACAUUCUUCAUGCGUUUGGCAACUCAAUUCAUACACUGUUUUUAAAUAAAUGUCACCAAGAAAAAAAUUCUCACUCUUUCCCCCCUCCCCAGAUGAAGAUAAAUUUUGUAAAGUAAUGCAUAAUACUAAUUAAUGCAUGAUAUUUUUCGUUUAAGAUUGUGCUACAUUGUGAUAAACAGUUAUACUAAUAGCAGAGGUGUAAUUAUAUGGCACCUUGAGCUCGUCUAAAACUUAUAAGUCCCAGGUUGCAGUUUUCAAGAUGUGUUUAGUUUGUUACUCCAUCCUGUAAGAAGAACUCUCAUCAAUGGAGCAUCAACUCAGGGAGUUGAAGUUACUUAACUUUCUAAUAUUUUAUCAAGGUCUUUAUUAAACUAGCACAUUGUGAUGUAUUGUUUUUUUUUUUGUCAACACUCUUUGAUAAUGACAUAAUUUCUUUUAGAAUUGAGAUCAAAGGACAUGUUUGUUUUGAGAUUUUUUCUUCUUCUUUUUUAAGAGACGGAAGCAUUUUAGUUUUAGUUUGUUGGACAAUAAAUGCUAUUGUGAUUUGGUCAUCUAUUGUAAUAAUUAAUAUUAGAAUGUUAUCUCUGAUUAGUACUGCUAUGUACAGUAUAUAAGCUUGUAAAAAAAAAAGUGUUGAAUUCAUGAAGUUUUACAGGCACGUAUGGUCUCAGGGCUGUUUCAGUCAAUUUGAAUAUAACCCUGUCAGUUUGAAAGACAAUUAUUGAAUAAAUUGUCGAAUUGAUCAAAUUAAUGAUUAUAAUUAGCUUAGAUAUUGAAAUCUUAAUUUCAACAUGUAACUAAAAUUAGAGGCCUUACUUUCAUUAAAUAUGCACAUCAUAUCAUUCUGAAAGGAAAAACAAUUAGUCAUUAGAUGGUAAUUAAUAGGUAGCAGAGAUAUUUCCUGUAGUUAAUCAUGCAAAUUUUGUUUUUUAUUCAUGGGAAGUCAGUUGUUACUUCAAUUGUAGGCAAGUGUUAAUUGCAUGCAGAGGUGUACAUUUUAAUAUAUCAGAAAUUUUUAAUUUGUGUGAUCGUUGAUUAGCUAAUUCUGCUGAUUUGCGACUUUGUUGUUUUUCAUUCAUUUUUCAUCUAUAAAGUAUCUGGUGGUUAUCAUGGUCAGAAGGAGGUAUGAUCUUGAUGAUGGACACAAUUUUUAUUAUUAGCCUUUAGAUGAUAUGAUGAGACUGGAAGGAAUUGCCCUGUGAUGUAAAGAGACAUUGUAUGUGGAAGUGGUGCCCUGAUGCAGUAUAUAGCAGGACAGGAUUAUACAAACCAUCAAUCAUGAUGAUGCCUUCAUUUGGAUGUUUCUUCCCAACAUCCACUGGAGGUUGUAGGCCUGUCCAUGUCACAGGAUGUGUAGAAUGUAAUAGUUACUCUCAACAUCAGGGACAAAUUCUUCUCACUUUUUCUCCCCCUCAUUUUAGACCAUUGUCUGAAAUCCCAAUGUACUCCAUGCAAGAUCCUGAUAAGAAGAGUCCUGUAAUUGCAAUUUAAAUAUUGCUUGUUGAGUGGAUGGGGUUCCAUCAAUUAUAGCACUCUUAAAUUUGUCAGUAUCAACAUUUCUAUUGAAUGAGACUUUGUAAUUUGGCAGUGUAAAUUGUUGUCUGUGGUUAAAAGUUCUUUUUUUUUCUUUCUGUGGCUCAGAUAAUGCCUUUUCAUUGAUAAACCAUUUUGCAUAAAAGGCAUGGUCUCCCUCAUUGGCUUUCUUUCUCAGGAAGUGGAUAGGAAAUAGUGUGUUCUGUGAAAUAGCUGGAGCAUUGUCAUGGUAAUAGUGACAUCCUGUGUACUGUAGUCAUUCACACAGAAGACUGCAGACUUAUAGAAUAACUGUGUAUAUGCUGUGUUAGUUUUACAUUUGUUGACUGGAGCUGGCCCAGAGACUUGUAGUGGUCAAAUAGUUUAUAAAUGUAGGUAUUUACCACCUCGGCAUCCCGCUAAACACAGUGAAUAUUAUCAGUGAUCUGAAGCGUAAUGUGUAAAGCCUCCGAAUAAGUGUAGGCAUUCUGCACAGUUUUUUCCUAUUGACAGUGAUUCCAUUGUUGAUUUUUACCUGAGUGACAGUGUCCCCAGGACAGGAAAGCAGACAGGGGAUUGUGUAACCCUGGGUCAUGUGACCAGUUUCACACCUGGCUGGCUGGACAAGGGCUCUCUGCAGCAAGUGUAACUUUGGUGGAUUGAUUGAUAAUAUUCUGUAAUCUCAGCAGCCCCAGAUAAACCCCUGUGUAUUGCUUGCCUGUGGUCCAGUGUUACAGGCUUGUUGAACUAGUACCUGGUCAGUUUCACAGUACAGGUGUAUUGAUGAUCCUUGGCCAGGUAAAGGUCAAUCAACUCCUGUGUUUGCAUUCAAUGGUUUAUGGCCAUUGACUUGAGCCUUGUCCAGGGUGACUGUGGAGUUACCACAUUCUAGUGUGUGUAACAGCUCUGCUGGUGGGGUGUAUGACCUGCCUUGUGUGUGUUAGAUUUACCAUUAAUUAACACUGGAUAUUAAGAAAGGUAAGUUAUGUUAGUAUGAACCAUUUGUUUAUCAGGAUUUAAGGUGAUAUUAUAAACAUCUGGUUGUAAACCCACGUUAAUAGUCCAAUGUGUCACAUGGUGUCUUCAUAAUUCUUAAGAAUGUGGAUCUAUAGUUGGAGUUCUUAAAAGGAAUAAACAAAUUUAAAGGAAAAUUGUGUGUUGGAAUAUGUUGCUUUAUAUUUGAAUACUUCCGAUUGUCGAAUGCAAGUUCUGAAAACCUGUACCAUCCUCUCUGUUUUGGAUCAAUUAUAGAAUAUUAGAUCCAUUUUUCUGGACUCUCUGUUUAAUUGCAUAUUGAUAAUUUUAAUAGCAAUUGUUCAUAUAUCCAUGCAAAGCAACAGUCUUUUAUUCUAGUCUGAGGUUGAAGUCAUUAUAAUGUUUAUUAAAAGAUCCAUUCAAAUGUUACUUUGUUGUUAAAAUCCCUCAGGGGCUCAAGUACAUGUAUUGGGCCUUUAUGAGAUUUCUGGAGAGCUUCUGUAAAUAUUUUAUACAUGAAGGAGUGUGGUCAUUUUACUCAGAUUAGAUAUUAUGUAGAUUCUGCUCAUUUCAAGGUCACACUUUCAAGAAAACUUGCGCCAAAGGGUUUUUUUCACUUGUCAGUGAUUCUUGUACAAGGGAAUUAGCAUUUCAAAUAAGUGCUAACAUCAUCCAAUUUGUAAAACCAUUACUUCUGUAGUUAGACUAAACAAUUUCUUUUAAUUUGGUAUAUAAUCUACAUAGAAAUGUGACUUUAAAGCUCACACACACACACACACACAUUGACUAUAUUCCUGCAAUGCACUGUCAAUAGAAUGUUUUAAAGAUUGAAAAUUAGAAACAUCUUUUCCAGUUACACUAAAUGCAUAAAAAAUUGUAUUAAUUUUCACACAAGAUUAGACAAACUCUCUCUCAAUUUUUUGAAAUUGAGUUUGAAGUAAAGAAAACAUUCGAGUCAUUGUUCUUUUAAAACGAUCACUGAGUAAAAAGCUUCCCUGUCAAUUACUAAUGGUUGAUAAUGACAAGAGUUUUCUGAGGAUUCUGUCAUGCAGAAAAAAAAGAGAGAAUUUUCCCCUUUUUUAAAAAUACUGACAAGAAGGUGUACUAUGUAUAUGUAAGAUUUAAUCAUGGCACAUGAUCAAUCAAAAGGAAAACUCCACACAAAAUAGGAAAAAAUCUGCAUUCAAUUUACAAGUUUAUGAGGUUUAAAUUUAUUACAAUUAACAUGAGAAAUGAGAUGAUUGCAUUUUUUGGAAAGAUUUGAUGUAAAACGCUAAAUGAAUAUUACAUUACAUUUACUGGGAAAGGGAAAAAAAUUGUGUGCUGAUUUGUUACUAAUGGUCCUGAGGGCCUUGGAUUGACAACGGUCGGAUUUUCUGGACUUGCAUGUGAGGAGGAUUUGGUUAUGAAUAGAUUAACUGGAUAUUGAAAUUGCUGGGUCACCUGCGAUUCCAGGUCAUAACAAUGGCUAUAAAUGAAGAAAGGAGACCAAAUGAAAAACCAACUCCUCCCGAGAUAUGCAGGCUUAUUUAGGGGAGCAUUGUCAUCACAUUCAAUGAAGAUUUAAUUCAUCUGUGUAGAAGGAGCAAGGUGUGCGUGCAUUCUCCAUCGGAGCAGGUGUCGUCAGAGGCAUCAGAGGCGCCUGAAGCAGGAAACUAGUGGGAUAAGAUCUCUCUGAUCAAGACGUAGAUUUCCCAUUCUAAGGAAGUGAAAAACGGUAGCGGAUCCUCUCGCAGAGAAAGUAGAUGCUUAUUGGAUUAUCUGUUGCUUCAAUUCUGUGGAUGUUAUUUAAUACGGCAGAUAGAAAUGUUGUUUAAUACAUGGACCAGGCUGUGAUGGGCGAGUGAGUGAAGUAGACCAUGAGUCUGAGAUAUUUGUAGUGGUAAGAAAUUUGUUUCAGAGACUGGGAAUAAAACGAGAUUAUUGAUCGCUUUUCAUGCACCUAUGAGUUGUGUAGAAUUCAGGCUAUGAAAGCUGGUAGCUGUAGACCAGACCACAAAAAACAUUCCUGACUGCCCUGUCCUUGCGUAACAUAUUAUCAUUGACAUUUCCGAAUUGGCCAUAGUGUGGUGCCAUCCAGCUGUCAUAACGAGUCUGUGUAUUGUCAGCCACUGCCAGUCUGUAUGUAUUGCCAGCUACAGCUCCUACCACUGCCAGUGCUGUACCACAGCAAGGCUGUAAUAUGUCAGCUAGCAACUGUGUAUUGAAGAAACAACACUAUAUUGAUUUUAAAGCCAUGUAAAAAAAAAAAAUUACCAGCCUUGUGAGGGACUGUAUUCUUAUAAAAUAUUGUUAUGCCUAUUGGAUUGUGAUAAUUGAACAGUAGAAAUGUGUGUCAUUUGACUUGCAAAUCAACAAGCCAUAUUCACACCUUGCAGUUGAUGAUGUUCACAAGAAGAUUGAAUUCAAAUCCCAUUUUGUUCACCUGGGACACGGUCAUGAAUGUUGUAGUGUGGAUAUGUACAUGAAGUAUAUAUCGGAGAUUACAGGUGCAAGACCAUGCAACCAUAUUGUUUAAUAUAGACCUCUCCUAGCUGGCAUUGCAUUGCACAUGAAUGAACCAAAAAGAUUGGAUUGCAGAAAAAAAAGCUGAAGCGUAACUCAAUGUGACAGUGUUCUGUUGUGCAUAAUUCUAGGGAAUUGUGGUCGUGGGUGCCAAAACCUCAACAACAACACAAAAAAAAAACAAUCCAGAUUUUUGAUGGCUUCUGUGGUUUCGUGAGAGAUAAGGGAAACUUUGUAAGGCAGCCAAGUGAUGCACAACAACUUAGAAUGCUGAAACAUCUUCUUACUUCAGAAAAAUCUGGGUGAGGUUCCCAUUACAUGUGUUCAUGGAUCAUUCUGUAGUUGCAUGGUUCUUCAAAGGGCAGGGUAUUUAUUAGAAUUGUGGGGGGGAGGAAGUCAGGAUAAAAUGACUACUGUGAAUGGAGUGUCUUAUAAAGUAUAGGGAUUAGCUACAUACCGUUGGACUUGAGAAAAUUUUUGUAUUAGGAGUUUUGGGUCAAAAUGUUAUACAUUGUGUAUUAAAAUUUUGCAAUUCAACUUUAAAUUUUUUAAAGAUUUAAUAUUGCCAAAAGAUAUAUACAUGUAUAUGGAUUUUUUGAUUGAUUUAUUUUUUUUAUUUUUUUUUUGCAAAUUCAUUUAACAGCAAUACAUUGUUUAAAACUUGGAUAUGGCAUAAAAUAACCAGAAUCUGAAUUAUCUUCUCAGACUCAUUAUAGACUGCAUGAUUUUAACGACAGUCUUUUCUUGAAAGUUAUAUUAUUUAAAAGAAGUAUACAUGUAUUCGUUAUUGAUAAAAAAAAAAAACAACUCCUUUAUGCAGAUCAUUUAUGCAUGCCUGAGAGAUCUUUAAAUUAGAUAUGCUUAUUCAGUAACUUAUCUUACAACAACAUGGCACAAGUGGAUGAGGAAAGACAGGUAUGUUUUUUGAAUGAUGUCUACAAGUUGACCAUGGACACAUCAAACCUUUGUUGUCAUGUCAAAUUGUAGUUUUCACGUCAGUAGUUCGAUGAUGAGUUGUACAAUGUUUUCACAUCAGCAGUUAGAUGACAGCUUAUUAGGAAGCCGCUAUCUCUAUAUUAAAGAGAGUUUUCCAUCACCCGUCUCGUGGUGUGUCCCCUAUAAUGUGUUCAUGAGGUUAUGAAGGAGAUGAGAGUGAGUACAUUGUGGUACUACUACUCCAGUACUAAGUCUCUCCCAUGUGUAGGUCUCUCUUUGUGAAGGGCGUGAAUUUUGCCCUAGUUUUGUGACAUUCAGAUGGAUGGUUGAAACCAUGUGGUUCUUAUGAGGACUACAACAUGUGGUAAUGCUUGACUUUUAUGAAUUGCCCCUUCACAACAUGAAAAAUAAAUGACCAAAUUUAUUUUGUUAAUGUCUAAAGAAAGGAAUAGCAAUAAGCUUUAAAAAAACAAAAAAACUACACCACACAUUUCAAUAAGAAGCAGCUUUUUAUACCAUUACAAGUCUAGUCAUAGAAUGGAACCACAAGAAAUGCCAGAUUAAGCACCAUGGAAAGUUCAUGAUAUGUGCUUGUUGUAAUUGUAAAAGAAAGAAUUUUGAGGAAAUUGAGGCAGCAUAUAAAUUUUUUUCGUUUGAUAACAGAUUUUAGAUAAACGGAUAAAUGUAUGUUCAGUGUAGACUUGAAAGUUUCACUGCUGUUAAAUUGCAUGUUUGUUUCUCAGCAGGGAUUUGAGAUCAUGCCUGAUGUCCCUUUGCAGUUUAUAUAGAGGUGUGUGGAUAAAAACAUACAUAUUUGUGUAAACAGCUUUAUUGAACAGCUUGUGUGUGGACUGCAGUUUGAGUGGCCUUGAAUGUUUUCAGUGUUACGAUUACUGCACACACAAUCAAUGGGGUAUUGAUUUCUUGCUGUGUUUCAUUUUGAUCGUAUAGACACGGUAAACAACCGUUACUGCAUUCAUAGCUUCUUUUCGUGGAUGUCUCCACAUUGAGAAUCCAUAUUUCCUUUCUCCCUGUUCCACUGGGGAGGUUAUUUUUUGUGGAGGUGUUUUAGUGUUUUGUGGACAUUAUGCCGCAAUGUUAAGAGGCAGGUGGAGGAAUUAACACUGACAGAUUCUUUUGAUACUACCACACUCAUCCAUUAUUGAUGUUCUUUGGUGUCUUCCUUGGUCUUGGAUUUAAGAACGUCAGUCUUCCAGAGAAAACUGAAGGUGAUGCUCUAACUCUAUGUUAAGGCAGUCUGUUUACGAUGAUACACCCAAGGAUCUGCAAUGUAAUUCUGCCAAUAGAAGCAAGUGUCUACAUGAGCGUCGCAGGCGUGACCAGGAAAACGCCUAUUUUGAGGAGUUGGCGGAGCUGAUCUCGGCGAGUGUGACGGAUAUGAGCGCCCUCUCCGUGAAGCCCGAGAAGAGUGCUAUACUACAGGAAAGCUUAAACAAAAUUAAACAGCUAAAACAAGAGAAAGCAACGUCAGACGCUGUUCAGCAAAGUCAGGUGUCCUCAAGCAAGCCGUCUGUUCUCCCGACUGAAGUCCUUGGUCCGCUGCUUCUGGAGGCAUUGGAUGGUUUUCUGUUUGUUGUGAACAGUCAAGGGAAGAUCGAAUUUGUGUCUGACAAUAUCACCGAGUACUUACAGUAUUCUCAGGAUGAUUUGAUCGGGAAGAGCGUGUAUAACAUCAUACACAUUGGUGACCAUGAUCAAUUCAAUUACAGCCUGCUGCCCAUGUCUCUAGGGAGCGUGAUAUCAUGGCCGAGUGAUUCUACAAUAGCAAAAGGAAGAACAUUUAAUUGUCGCAUGCUCAUUAAACCCCCAUCAGAUGAUGAGAAUGAUGAUGUAGAAACCAAACAGACAUAUGUGUCGCAGUAUGAGAAUCUACAGAUAUCUGCCAUUUCACAGCCUGGGGAGAAGUUUUCUGAAGGUGCAGAAAACUCAGAAGGGCUGUCAUGCCUAGUGUGUAUUGCACGACGCCUUUCUUUCAACGAAAAGACAAAUACCAUGCUGGGAAUUGAACAGUUCACAACAAAACAAGAUAUCAAUGGAAAAAUAAUCUCUCACGAUACCAGUGGAAUUGUUCCCGGUCACUAUUCCUGCCCAGAUAUUACUGGUCAAAAUAUCCAAGAAUUUUGUCACGUAAAUGAUGUUCAGACUUUGUCAAAGCAUUUUCAAGAAGUGCUGAAGACAAAGAGCAAUACGAGUAGUGUGUACAGAUUUAAGUUACAGGACAAUCGGUACGUCUUUGUUCAGACUCGGAGUCAGCUUCACGAAUACAGUAACAAUGGAGAUCAACGUUUUAUCAUGUCCACCCACUCUAUUAUACGAGAAUGUGACUCAGACGUGGAGCUCAAAGGCUCUGCGUCCACAAGUUUAAUGAAAUCCAUUAUCGGCCAAUCGAACACUUUAGUGUCUAACAACCAAAGAGAACAGAACUCGGCCCGUGGAUUACCAAACAAUAUUUCUCCAAUGGCAGUGUUAAGUGCUAUUAAUCAACCUUUUCAGAACUCGUUAAGUCAGACCAUUGAGGACGUUGAUCAGUUUGAUUUGACGUCCCACAACUGGGACUUCUUAAGUGAAUCCACAUUUUCCGGGAAUUCGGGGCUAGGAGGGGCAAAUCCAGGUCCCCAUAAUAAUAACAAUAAUUUUUCCACGGGAAACUCAACCAACAUGAACAGUUGGAAUAACAUGCAGCCACAAGUGAAGAUGGGAAGUUCUCAACAACAGCACCUGGUGCGGAAUGUUUUAAACAUGCAGCCGCAACCAAACUCUGAUAAACAAAGGCAACUGUCACUCAAUUUUUCCCGAAGUAACUCUUUUGAUGGAGGAGGUCAGAAAAGCCCUGGCUUUGCUUCCAGCCCUAGCCCUAGAAGUAACCAGUAUGGUCCUUCAAGUCAGCGAAACAUGCAUGGUGCCAUGGGUUUCAACAGUCAGAGAAGCCCUGGGAGUAGUCUGGGACAGAACCCCCGUAUGUCCCCAGCUGCAGGGGGAAUGGGCUACCCCAUACAGAGAACCCCGCCUAUCUCCUCAGUGAGUCAGAAUUCCUGGGGUCGAAUGCAGCAUAGCAGUGGUCAGUUUUCAGCCCCUCAGACUCCCACUAGUAGCAUGAUGUCCCCUCCAUCUGAAGGCCAUCUACAAGCCCUACAGAACAUUGGGGGCGGUAUCAGUCCUUCUCCACGACGGUCCGGAGAAUUUACAUUUCCUUCAUCGUCUCGGCCGGGUAAAUUAAGCCAGCUGUUGUCUGGCAGCAACCCGAGUCCGGAUAUAUUUAAAAACACUUCUCUGGAGUCACUCCAUUCAUCAAACAAGGAACGAUCAAGCAGCGAAAGCUUGGUGACCAAAUCCCCAGCAGACAGCAUGCAUCAGUCGCCCCAGCCUGGGCCAGGCCAGAGUCCCCCAGAGAAACCGCAGAGUACAACAAAUACUGAUGACUCUGAUAAGGAAGCACAGAGGAAUGUGAUCCUGAAACAACUUCUCAGUACUGACGAUGAUGAGGAGGAGUGUAAUGAGGCAGCUCCCACGGAGGAUGGCUCACAAAACAAGGCAGAUAUGGACAAGAAUGAGGCAGAGCCAAAGAAACCAUCAAAUGCCCUGUUAAAGAAAUUACUCAGUGAUGAUGGGGAAAAGAAAAGAGAAGGAAAAGUACGAGAUCGUGCCAAGCAGACUUCUGGUGACCUGCUGCAGAUCCUUUUAAAUGAGGAAGAAAGUGGAUCCUCCCCAGUCAUAGCUACUGCUGAGAGUACUAGUCAUGAAAACGAUCUCUUCUCCCGCCAACGACAUCAAUCUGGGCCCCAGGAACCUCAGUCGACAACGCCAUCUACCUCUGUACUACCACCAGGAUUUCCUCCUCACCCCCAGGAGCACCGUCCAGCAUCAACAUCUGCUGUCACCUCAGCUAACAGUGAAGGUGGCAAGAAAACGGAUAUGAUUGGAGACAAGGCACUAAGCUCUAUACUGGAAUGUCUGUGGGAGAAAGGAGAUGCUGAUCCUCUCCAGAAACCCAACAGGAAGCGGAAAGCAUCCGGAGCAGACGGAAGUGUCGAUAGCACGGACAUGGAACUGGGCAUGCCCAGCCAACAACAAGUGAAGAUGGCAAAUAACUUCAGGAACAAGAAUGUGUUGCUUGCACAAUUAUUGUCAAAACGGACCCCAAAUGAAGCGGUGGUGAACACGGGGAGAUUGCUGGUGAACAGUGACCCAUGUGAAACACCCCAGCAUCGCCUCAGUGUGCACGAUAAACCGUUAAGUAUGAGACCCAUAGAUUCGAAACGAUUGUCUACCGAGAAAGAAAAGGAAAACCUCAAGGAUGGUAUACAAGGGUUUCAGAAUUCUAAUCAGUAUGGAAAUAUGGAUACCUCUAUGAAAACAAGUAUAGGAAACUUCAGUUGUGCAUCUAACAUAAACACAUCUGCAAGCACUAGUGUAUUCAAUGGAAUUAGUAUAUCAACUUCAAACUCUAAUGUUUCUUCGAUGUCUGGUGAGUAUGAUGAACUUCAGAAAAUACUGGGGAUGGGGUCCAACACUGUGAAUAGUGAACCUAUGACUAAUUCCACCUCGGGGAUGGAUGUUGAACCUUCAGGGACCCCUGACCCAUUGCUGGCAGAGAUUCUGAAGCAAGCAGCUGACCUGGAACAAGAACACAUACUACAGACAAGCAACAGCAUGCCCAAUCUGGGACCAGACAUGAGCUGUAUACCCCAGGGUGGAGGGGCCGAUUUAAACCCUGUACCGUCAUCCGAAGACCUUCAGCUGUUGACGCAGCUUGAACAGGUGAUUCAAGAUCCCAACUUUAACAUUGGGUCCAUUCCUGGACUGGAGCAGGAACCUCACCAGUCAGAUGAUAGGGCGGCCAUUAGGAGGAUUCAGAACGCACUGAUGAGUGAAGAUCCUUUUCCAGCAGUGUCAUCAAUGGGGCAGAUGAACAACAUGGGCCCUAACCUGUCCUCCCAGGCUGCCAUUCCACAACAAAACAGCUUUGGGAUGGUCAACAACCAGCAGCAUCCCCUGUCCAGUCCUAUGGGGAGCGGUGGAAUGGACAUGCAGUACCAGCAUAUGGCAAAGCAGCAGUCCCCUCUCCCUACUCAGACGGGGUCACGCUUCCCCCAGGGGGCUCCUAAAUUCCUCCCUCAAGGUCCUCGCCACUCCAAUCCACAAGGAGGACCCCUAAACAGUGCCUUACAGGGGGGAACUCCACAGCAGCAGAGGCCCAUGGGAUUCCCCUCAAUGGCCAGUCAGGUCAGGCAGUCUCUUCUCCAACAGCAGAAACUGAAACAGCUCCGAGAACGCCAGGCUGCUGAACAUCAAGAGAGACGAAGGCAAUUAAUGCAGCGGCAACUCAGCCAGCAGCAGUUCAACCAGAGGUUUCCUCCAAACAUGGAAAAUAGUUCCAUGCAGCCUUACACUGAGAGCUUGAAUGAUCUGUUAAACAGUGGAUCGGCCCCCAACGUCACCCUUCAGAGGAACCAGAUCCCCGGUCCCAUGUCGCCCAGGUUUAGUGGCCUUCAGCAUCAGCAACACCCUAAUCUCAGUCAGCUGAUCCGACCCGGACCCUCCACCCCAAACUCUCAAAUGUCACCACACUUUAAUCAGCAACCCCAGAACCAGUGGAACAUGAGGCAGCAACAGCAGCAGCCACAGCAACAGGCCAUGCAGAGCCCAAUCACCAGCAAUGUACCUAAGUCAAAUCCUCUGUUGAUGAAUCGUCACCGGUCAUUUUCUGGAGGGACGAUGACCAGUAAUAACCAGAGUGGUCACUUCCAGUUCCCUGACCAAAUGGGUAACACCGGACAGAUGGGCUUACUCCAACAACAGCAGCAGCAGUCGAUGAUGGCCCAGAACAGGAUAAUGCGACAGAUGAGUUUGCCCCCAGGUCAUGCUUCACCGAGGGGACCUGCUAGUCCGUUCGGUAACAGCCCUGAUCCUCUGUUGAUGUCCCCUCACUCCUCUAUAUCCCCUCGCCAGAACCCUCAGGUCAGCCAAGUUAGCCCACCAUUUAAUCAUGCCUCGUCAAUUGCCAGCUCAGUCCUGCCACCGUCGUCAAUGACAACCAGUCACCCUGGUAUGAUGAGUCAGCAGAACUCGGUGUUUCAAGAUUUCGACAUGCUGGACAGUAAACCCAUGCCCAUUCAGCAGAAAUCUACGUCACAGUAUGUGAAGGAGGAGCUAAGGAAUAUAUGUAAUGCACGAUCAGAAAAGCAGCUUCAGCAACAACAACAGCAACAGCAGCAACAACAACAACAGGGGAUGUCACAUUCCCUACCCCCACCCCCCUCCUCCCAGGCCCCUCCUACCACCCCCCAGCCACCAACCUCGUCUGAGUACAGUGAGCUCCCAAACUACAUUAUAGAGCAAAUUAGCGAGAUGCAGCAGGAGCAACAGGCAAAGUCAGACUUUAGUUUUGAUGAUUUCAAGGAAGACGAUGUUUUAGCCGUCAAACGACAGGAAGCCAAAGAAAUCUAUGAACAGUUUAGACAACUGUCAGAAAAAAAUGAAAUUGUAGUGCCAGAAAAUCCUGAAAUAAAGGCAACAGCUGUGUUCCGCUCACAACUCAUGAAUCCUCAAGCGGCUGGCAACAGUGCUCAUCUGGCUCUCCCCGAAGAUCUAGCUCGACUCAAACCCGAACAGGUGCAAGUGGUUGCCAAGGAACCUCGGGGAAAUAUCGAGGAUAUCAAGCCAGCAGACCAUAGCAAGAGCAGUCUUCUACAACAGCUGUUAUCUGAAUGACAUAGGGCCCACCCUGUAGGAGACUCACCAAAUGUGUAGAACUAAUUUCAGGGAUUACAAACCUUGGGUGCCUGUCAGGCACGUUAAAAAUGGCCAGUGUUAAAUGCCUGGAUCUCUUACGGAGGAUUGUCAUGGCAACAAGCCUGUGAUGAGAACACUAUGAUCUCAAUUUUAUUUGUUGGACCGCUACACCCGGAUUGGCAGAAUUUUUUUUUUUUUUUGUGUGGUGAAUUAUGAAGAGGCGCAAUUUAUUUCUGGAGAAACACUUGUUGCACAAAGUGCCUGCCAUAUUAAACAUCCAGAAAUUAACUAGCGAAUUUCUUCCAUAAACUACAUUGUAUAUUGACUGCAGUCCAAGAUCAGAGAUUUUUAAAAGACCUUCAUACAGAAAUGUUUUAAUAGAUUUAAUCUAUGUACAUUUGUCUGUGAGGAAAUGGCUGGUGAACUUUGACCUUUGGCCUGUAUAUUUUUGUAGAAUCUUUAAUGACUUCAUACCACAAGAUUGUUUUUCAUCAGAAAAACUGUCAGCCUCGUAGAGGAAGCGGAUCUAUUUUUAUCCACGAAGGUGGAUUGGGUUUUAUUUGACGGGUAACAUAAAAUUAUAGUCCCAUAUUGUUGUACGUGGGACUGGCGGACAUUUUGUUAAAGAGACACAGAUUUUAAUGUUGUUUUAUUCACAGUUAUAAACUUGUAUCCGUGUAAAUUCUACAUGCAUAAUGUUGACAGUAUCUACAGUUACAGAAUAUUGUUUUGACUUGUCGCAGUGAUAGCCAACACAAGAUAUAGAAAUAUAUAUUUGUUGACGUGAAAUGGACAUGUUGUGAACACUGCGUGAUGUACUUUGUUGAUAAUUGUAAGUACAAUGUGUACAUAUAUUUAGUGUACAGGAGAUUAGAUAGACUUGGUGAUGUGAUGGCAGAGGUCAGAAGAAAUGCUGGAAGUAAGGGCAAGAGUUGUCACCCUUUAUUUUCCUUUUUGGACUAGGGCCAGUGUAUUUGACCUUGAUCUUUUAACCUGGUGGUGUAAAUGCAUAUAACUAUAUUCAUUUUUUGUAAAUAUGUACAUGUUCAUUAUGUAUUGAAGUUGCAUCGCCUGAUGUUAUUCAUCGGAAAUAUUACUAUGGGAUUUCACUCUUAUUUUGAUGUUGUAUCGUUUCAUAUGUAGAAGUUAGUGUCAGAUGUGUAAAAUAUUUUUAUUACAAGGCAUAUUUUCACAUUUAAUUGGAGAAAUUUUGGUUGUAUGAAAAUUAAAUGUAUCAUUUUCACCCCCUCAGGUUUCCACAGGGAAACCCAUCCGACUAUUUAAACUAGACACCAGUGAUGUUAAACCCAAGGCCUUUUUCGUCUUUUUAUAGUUUUGUGUUCAUUGAAAGAAGUCAAAUUUUUAUUCUGAACCAAACAACUGGUAUCGCAAAUCUUAAGUGCAAUGUGGUCACUGUCCAUUUUUAAUACUUUUUGGGGGAGAAAUCAAGUGAACUUUUAUACAGGAAAUAAAUCUCGUUCCAUGUAAGAAUGGAAUAAUUUUGUGAACUGAAAUUUUGGAAAGAAUGAUGUUGAAUCUGUUUGAAAAGGACAGUUAUUUUUCUAAUAGUUGUGUGAAUUUUUAAAUCAAAAUGUUUGCAGUAGAAAAUAGAGAGAAGUCAGAUGAAUUUUUUUGAAACGGGUUGAUAUGAUUUGCUCAAUAUUUUUAAGAGUCCAUUGCGAUGAAUAUAAGGGUGACCUUUUUUAAGUUAACAUUGUUUUAUAAAGUUGUUGCGCAUGCACAAGAUUUCAUAGUUGGCAUUUCCUCAUAUCAUGACUUGUACUUGAUUUAUAGUAAGAAGAACGAUGGCCUUUCCUCGACAUCCCUCUUUAUGCACACUCGAUAAGUUGAGGUGACCUUUAUGCAUUAGGGUUCGCCCUUCAAUCUCUAGACUUUGGUGAUGCUAAUCAAUCAAAUCAAAUCCUUUUACGUGGAUAAUUCAAAACUGAGAAGACAAUGCUAGCUACAAGGUGACGUGACACCCGGUGAUAGAUACUUCUUAAUUAUUCCAGUUCAUUUCCAAGAAAGAUAGGUGACAUCAUCAUCCCCAUAGCUUAUAAGCCUAACUUAGUCUGAAACACUGAAGAAUUGGAAAAGUUUGCAUGCAUUUUCUUAUGCUAUUAAUUUGUCUUCUUAUUCCACUUUAGGAAACUAAGUACAUGAGAUACAAGUAUAUUCUACACUUGAAACAUAGUAAUUGGCUUCCAAUGUAUUUAGAGGAAAUCAUGAAUGGCAGUGAAUGUAAAAGGGUGUUAAGAAAACUUGCUCUCUUUUUUUUUUUUCCCCCACCAAUCUUUGUUUAGAAAAUAGAUAUAAUAUUCAUAAAGUAAAUAUAAUGGUCAGGUCUAGAAAUAAAUUUGUACAAUAUUCUUGUACUGAAAUUGAUACAGUAUUAAUGUUCAAGGAGUUCACUCUUCUGGUACAGAUAAGGGAAGACAAAGAAGUGGUGUCCACUUUACAACAGCAUGAUUAUUAUUGACACAGACUGUUGUGUAAUUAUUAAGAUCGUAGAAAUUAUUGCUAACCUCGGGAUUCUCUCAGACUGAAAUAUAAGUCACUCAGUUGAUUAAAACUUCAGGGUUUUUUUUUGGGGGGGGGGGGGGGGGGGGGGGCAUCUUAAUCUCAAAAGCAAUUUUCUUAACACCCUUUACAAUGUAGAAAAGAUAAAAGCCAAUUGUAUUUGUUGCUAAGAUGGUCCACAGUGCAGAAAGCUACUGGGAUAUAAUCUAUAUGUUUACAAAGAAAGGAAUACAAUAAUUUAUUUUUGCAAAGCAAUACUAAUAGAUUUGUCAACAUGAUCACUCCCGUUUUGUGAUAAGGUUUGGCUUUGAUAGGCAGAGAGACUGCGAGUAAAUUGCUUCCCUCAGAAAAAAAAGAGUUUUUUCAGGUAAUGAUGGGCUAUCUAAAGGUACCUCCAUUUUAUGGGUUUUUUAAAGAUGAGAUUUCACACAAAAGAUUGAUAGAUUCAUAUAUUUGAUAUGAAAAUAUUUUUAUAUCACUAAGACCUUUUGACUUCUUUUCAUUUUUAAUCUAUGUGAUAUUAUUGACAUGAUAAAAGAAUUAGUACAGAGAAAUUUCAUGACUUUGAGGAUUUUUAAAAAAAUUCCUUUUCAUCAGAUUUUUUUAUAAAGAAGGAAAUUGAGAAUGUUUCCCAUUUUAUUUUAUUUUUUUUUAACAGCUCUUGAAAUAUCUCUGUAUCUGAGAAUCAAUACCGCUGUUUGAAAAAAAAUGCAUUCAAUUUUAAGAACUGAAAAGAAAGCAAAAGAAGUGCUAUUGUAUGAUGUUUUUAGAAAUAUUCUAUUCUAUACAUUUUGACACGAUUUGUAUGUGUUUCACCUCCAGCUCCCGUGUUACCUCGACCCCGUUGGAAGGCAUGCCUUACCAGUCUAUGUACAGAGGUUAAUUGUUGAUUUGUUUGUGAUUUUUGGUGGGGUCCUCCCGGCUGUUGGACUCGACUAAUUUAGUUGUUUCUGUGUUAUAUGUCUGUUAAUCAUGAAAUAGUGUAACCCCAUCUUUAGAGGAUUGGAAGAAUCAGGAAUAUGACAUUAAAAAUCAACAUCAAAUAUUACA